AUGUGCUCUGUCUAUGGUCUGACCCCUGCUUUUGGCCACGCCCCCUUCAACAUGCCACGCCCCCUGAUGACCAUAAAAGGAAACAGAAGACGCUUCAGACAAACUGGAGGCUUCUUAAGACUCUGCACAGACUUCAGGAGCCUCACACUCAGCUCUGCAUCUGUUUCUACUGUUUUGUGGUUAAGUGACUUUUCUGCGGUGGACGUAGGACGGGAGCAGGACGAGGAGGUCAGAGGUCAGAGGGGCCGAGCGGAAGUUAGUUUAAGUUUGGGAAAAGAGGCAUUCUCACACGGGACGCCUCCUCUGGGACGCCUCCUCUGGGACGCCUCCUCUGGGACGCCUCCUCUGGGACGCCUCCUCUGGGACUCCUCCUCUGGGACUCCUCCUCUGUACGAUAGGGCGCUCCUCCCUCUAGUGGCAGACUGUGGUAUCGCUCUACUGUUCUGUUGGGGUAAAUCAGCUGCAGCCCUUGGUGUGGCCCCUGAUCCUUGUGGCCCCUGUUGUGGUCCCUGGUGUGGUCCCUGUGGCCCCUGGUGCAGUGCUGCAUCUCUGAAGAGCGCUGCGUUGGUCAUGGUGCCGCCUUCUCUGGAGCUAAAAACCUGCGAUGACAUCACACUGUUAGAGGCGGAGCCAAGACGCCACCGCUGGGCGCCAGACCGGCCCCGAGGAACCAACCGGCCUUUCUGGAACCAGUCGACUCUGCGUGUUCGACUGCACCCAGAGAUCAGAUUCCUGCAACUGACUCAUAAUGUCCUGAGGUGA